GCAAACGAAGACGAGGUGUUUCUCGAUCGUGAUCAGGAAGUGAUAUCGAAUGAUAAGAAAAUGGACUCGCGCAUAGGACUCGACUAUAUUGUAGAGAACAGUGAUUAUGUAGCAAAGCUCGCAGCAGCUUUGGACACCAACAAUGAAAUUGUUAAGAAGCAAGUCUUUGAGCUGCUUUCGGCACUUUGUGCCUACUCGCGUUCAGGUUACAGUCGUGCCAUAGAAACAUUAGAAAACUAUAAGAAUCUCAAAGACGACAGAUACCGUUUAAAAGUGGUCGUCACGGAAUUGGAUAAAACAACAGCCAUAGAAUACAAAGUGACGCUUUUAGCAUUCAUAAAUUGCGUAAUCAUUUCAGCAAAAAGUCUCCAGGACCGACUAAGAGUUCGAAAUGAAUUUAUAGGUUUAAAUCUCUUACCAGUAUUAAAUAAUCUAAGACGAAUAGCAAAUAGUGUGCCCGAUUUAAGCGUUCAGUUGGACGUGUUCGACGAACAACGAGAAUGCGACGAGUCUCAAAGCUUACAGGGACCCGAUGGAAUCAAUUUGAAUUCGCAUCUUGAUGUCUUCUACGCGAUAUUACGGCAGGUUGCCGACACUCCCCAAGAGAUUCCAUUUCUGAAUAUAUUGCAACAUUUGCUAAGCAUAGAGCCAAAGGACGACAUCAACGACGUUGUCUGGGACACGGCAGAGACGCUCGUCCAUCGUGCAACACUUCUGGAAAAUCGCGAAGAUUCAGUGAAACUUCUACGAUCGCCAAGCGUGCAAAAGUUUUCAUGUCCACAUUGUAGACACGACAUUACAAGUCCCAAUCGAAAGUUAUCUUUACCACAUAAUCUCACAUCUGUUACGCUGACGACACCACAAUCUCAUAGUGGAGCAGUUCCCGUCGUACCAAUAUCAUCGUCGGGAACUGCUUCUGCCGCACCUCCACCACCACCACCGGCAGCACCAAUUCCCCCGCCACCUCCUAUGAUAAGCAAAGUUCCCAACCCUCCAGCAUGUCCGCCCGCUCCUAAUCUUCUCAACUCAUCGAACGAAGUUACCAGACCAAAAACUCCAAAUGAAACUACCUCAGAUUCAUUGAAGCCAUUACCACAACAAGAGACGCCAACGCCUCGUGCAAAAAUGAAAACAAUAAAUUGGAAUAAAAUUCCGCCAAAUAAAGUUGUUGGAAAGAAUAAUAUUUGGUCGAUUGUUGCUUAUAAUCAUCAGAAUAGUCCAAUGGCUGAAAUGAAUUGGGAUGAGAUGGAAGGUUUAUUCUGUCAGCAAGUAACACAAGGAUCACCAAAACUUGGAAGAGAAUCGGGAUCUGACACAAUUGAUCGUCGUACAAGGAAAGAUAACGAAAUCACAUUACUUGACGGAAAACGAAGCUUAAAUGUUAACAUCUUCCUCAAACAAUUUCGAAGCACAAAUGAGGAAAUCACACAAAUGAUUCGAGAAGGUGAACACGAUGAGAUUGGAGCGGAAAAGUUGCGUGGCUUAUUGAAAAUCUUACCUGAGUUUGACGAGUUGGAGAUGUUGAAGAAUUUUGAUGGUGAAAAAAAUCGUCUAGGAAAUGCUGAGAAGUUUUUGCUACAACUUUUAAAAGUGCCUAACUAUAAAUUGCGAAUUGAAUGCAUGCUGUUGAAGGAAGAAUUCGCUGCGAAUCUAAGUUAUUUAGAACCAAGUAUCAAUGCAAUGCUUUAUGCUGGCGAAGAUUUGAUGAUGAAUAAAGCUUUGCAAGAAGUGCUUUAUAUGGUGGUUGUUGCUGGGAAUUUCUUAAAUGCUGGUGGAUAUGCUGGAAAUGCUGCGGGAGUUAAACUCUCAUCAUUACAAAAAUUGACUGAUAUAAGAGCCAACAAACCAGGAAUGAAUUUAAUUCAUUUCGUUGCUUUACAAGCGGAGAAGAAGAAUCGAGAUUUGCUUCAAUUUCCAGAACAAUUUUCAAGUCUUGAAAAUGCGUCAAAAACGACAAUUGAACAACUUAACAACGAGAUCAACGCUUUAGAUAAGAGAAUUGUUACAAUUAAGAAGCAAAUCGAACUACCGUCGACUGAAGAUGAUAUUAAAUUACAAAUGGCAGAGUUUUUGAAGGCUGCUGAAAGUGAAGUUUCGAUGCUUCAGCGUGGAAUGAAAGAACUUGAAACGACACGAAUUCAACUUGCUGAAUUCUUUUGUGAAGAUUCAGGACAGUUUAAGAUUGAAGAAUGUUUCAAGACUUUUUAUCAAUUUUGCGAGAAGUUUAAAACAGCUGUCAAAGAGAAUGACAAGCGUCGUGUUUUGGAAGAACAAGCAAACAUCAGACGAAAGCAAAGAGAAGAACAAUUGGCAUAUAAAAAGCGUCAAUUCAGUCAAGCAGGAACGCCGGUGUCGGAUUCUGAAAACAGUUUCCUAAUGGAUCCACCAACUUAUGAUAUUCGCUUUAGCCCCGCGAUGAGUCGAAGGAGGAUGGGAUCAUUUAACAGCAAUGGCGACGUCAUUAUGAGAGAAGACGGAAUGUCGCCUGAUGUGACACCGAACGGAAGUUUACGAAGACGACGCAGUCGCGUUUUAUCUGAAGAAGAUGAAGGAAAUUUAAUGGACUUUUUGAGGUCAUCUGGGCAUGAUGGUGCUACUCGCGAGAGAAAAUCCGCAGCUGGUUAUGGAAGCUUAGAUCGGUCAUGGGCAAGACGAGCUCGUUCAGGAAGUUCCGACAAAAAACGACCAAACUUAUUGAACGUUGACUUCGGAGCUGACCGUGAACGACCGGCAUCUCCAUCUCCUGUUAUUGAAAGCAAGCCGCUGCCAGAACAGGAAGACCCAAAACCAAGAAUUUCUAGGGAAUGGCGUCAAAAAAUCGAGAAUUGGCUUCAAGCAAAUGAACAAGACGAGAAACAGAAUGAAGAAUAUCGAAGGAAGAUGAGACGAGUUACAAGCAAUAGACGUUCGCUUGAAACAGAUACUGAAAGCGAGAAAGGAAGCAAGCUUGACACAUUACCAGAAGAAAAGUCGCAUCAUUCACCAUCACAGAAUCAAUCACCAUCAGCAAUUCCAACAAUACAAACGACAUCAGUUGAGCCUUAUCGAAGAGUUUAUCCCGAAUGGAAACCUUCAUCAACGCUUGAGAAAGCUGAUGUGGUUGGAACGAUUGAAACACUCGCAGGCAUGACUUAUGUGCAAACUCAUGCUCGCGAUAAAUCAGCGUGGAGAAAAUCAAAUUUAAAUGUUUCUAAUAGUUCAGAAGAGGUUGAUGCUGACGCACGUCGGUUACGAAGACAAAGAUCAAGAGAAGGAAGCAUUACAAGCAUCAGCGGUUCUCCAUUGCAUUCAAUCUUGGAAGAAGAUAAGAAGAAGAAUCCGAUACCUGUUGAAAAGAUCCAAUCGCAUUCACGAAAUUCGUCUGACAGUUCAAGUGAAGUCGCCACGUCAAAUGCCACUGACAGUAAUCUCAACAAACAGUCGAUUUACAUUCGUCCACCGUCCGUUGAUGAAACAAUUCAGUCACCUUCAAAUCCAAAACAUAACAGCUCAAUCUACAUCCGUCCCUUUGAAAGUGAUCCACUUUCGUCACUUGAAGAUCAACCAAAUGUUCCACGUCGUGUUCGUCGAACACAUUUGAAUGAAACUAACAAUAAGAUAGAAAUAGAUUCUGAUAAUAUUGAAACACCUCCAACAGUGAGAAAGAAUUUUAAUCACCAUCCAAGUAGCAGCAGCAACAGUGAGAGAACAUCAUCAAUUGCAUCACAUAAGAACAUCAAAGCGCCAAGGCCAUUACAUAAAGCGGAAGAUGUUGGUGAUAAAAAAGAACAAACGAAACUUGAACAAGAAAUUCUCGGUGAUGGUCAGUUCGACAGAUUUUCAUCAGCACGAAGAACACGAAGAUUUAAACGACCAAUUGAUCUUAGCAGUGCCACAGAAGACAACGUUACUAAUACUGCAACAACUUCUCCCGAUUCCAUUAGUGAUGCGAGCUUCCCAAUCUUAAAACCAGAAGAAAAGUCGACGAUUGUGAAGUCUUCAUCGUCGACUUUGAAUAAGAAAUCGGAAGCGAAAACUUCCGACGCUAUUCAAAGUAAGGAAUCUAAGAAUAAAGUCAACAGUGAUGUCGUGUCACGAAUUGGUAAGAUUGGUAAAAGUAUAAGCCGAAUAAGUCAGGAAGAUGUACGCGAAGCCAUAAGAAGCUUAAAAUCUCCAACGCCUGAACGUGAGUGGAAUGCCAAAGAUGCUUUCCGCACACCGCCACUUUCGUCUAAUAAAAUUAUUUCACAUGAGUUGAAUGAUGAAGGAUUUGAAGAGACUCAAAGCUUAGUGUCAGACACACCAUCACUUACAACAUCGUCUUGUAAUGAAGAAGCAAAAAAUCAACGUGAAAAACCAUCGGAAAGCGUUGUGAGUGGAAUUGAAACGACACCAAAGCGACGACCUCUUCGUUCAUCAAAUCAACUUCAAAGUUUAAUUGCAAGAAAUCAACAAUCACUUGAACGUAGCAGAUCAUUACGAAGCGGAGCUCCAGUCACAGGAGUUUCGAGAAGUGCAACAUCAACUCCAAGAAGAACAGCUUCACUUAGACGACCAGAGACAUCUCAACAGAGUCUCAGUCUUCCGAAAUCAAUUCCAAGUCGUCGUCUUGAUGUUGAGCGAAGCAAUUCGAGGACAAGUCUGAGAAGUUCAAGGUCUUCACUUAACAGCGCUGUGUCGACGAAUACUGUUAAGAAAAUGCCACUUAAACCAACGACUUCAGCGUCUUCCGUAUCGUCAUUGAAGAAGCCUUUGGUGCUGCAAAAUAAUUCAACAUCUUCGACUUCAAAUCGAUCAGUCAGUCGUGUGCCAGCAAGUCGAAGCAGCUCAAGCGGUUCAAGCAUCGGUCCAACAAUCCGCAAGCCACCAACACCAUCAUCAACAUCACGACUCUCUUCAACCGUUAGCACAAGCUUUAAAGAGAAUCAAAAUAGUCGUAGUAGAGUCUCACCAGCAUCUUCGGGCACAAGCACAAAAACGAACGGAUCUGGCGUCGGUGCUAAAAGUUCAAGUCCAUCAGGUCGAAGUUCAAGCUUUAUGAGACCAACAGCAGCAAGUGCCACGAAAGUUAAAUCCAAGUAAUCUCGAAUCCGAACCAACUAAUCUUUAAUUCUUUUGUUUUUUUGUUCUAUUCUAUUUUCCAACGUUUCCAGCUGACUCGAUAAAUUCGAUGACAGCGAAAAGUAAAAGACGUUUAAUAUGUAACAAGUUCAGGAAUUUCAAUUUAUAAUUUUUUUUAUUAUUAAACUUAAUUAACAAAAUAUAAAUUGUCAAGAAAAGAAAACAUUUUUUGUACAGUUGACGACGUCAAAUAUUAUUUGACGAACUAAGAUUAACUUAAGGCUAAAUUAAUGCAACUUUCAUCCAUUCAUAAUCUUUUUUAACAGUUUUUGAAUUUUCUUUACCAUGAGUUUAGCUCAUUGAAAGGAAAAUGCGAGUUUGAAAAAUAAAAGCCAUACCAAAACUAACAAAAGUGAAAUAAACUAAUUUGACAAUAUCAAAACAUUCUCCAUCAGCACCGUCACGUCUCAAAAAAAAACUUUAACUCAUGAAAGACAAGCUUAAGCCAUUAUCUACUUAUUUACGGUGCUUCACAUCAAAGUACAUCCAUAAAUGCCCAUAGAUAUUAAACAAUCAAUCACACACACACCCACGCAAUCACAAGCCUAAUCUCUUUCUCUCUACUAAUUUUUAGAUUAUUGAAAAAUAAGUAAAAAAGAAAAAAAAAUUAGUUUUAAGUUCGAAGAUGUCAUUCCAAAAUUAGUUUGAAAAAGGAAAAGGAAAGAAAUUUAUGUCAAAAUUUUCUAAAACUUGUUUCGAUCAUGUUGGCAGGUAAGAAGAAGUUUAAAUAGUUGGACAGACAAACAGAAAGAAAAUGUAGAAUAAAUAAAAUUGUUAAUAAAAGUAAAAUUUUAAAUGUCAAAAGAUUUACGUUUCCGUUUUAA